AUGGCAAUUCCACAAACCCAAACGGCGGCAACCGUACCUAAACUCGGCGGCGGCGUAGUCUUUGACAACAACUAUCCAGUUCCAAAACCAGGUCAAAAUGAAGUGUUAGCCAAGGUUCUAUACUCUGGCGUCUGCCAAAGCGAUCUCCACACUCAAGCCGGAAUCGCGUCAGGCCACGACGGUAAACCCAUUGUCAACAUUAAACUCCCCCACGUCGGAGGACACGAAGGCGUCGGUCGAAUUGUUUCCUUAGGCCCUGGAGUCGAUGAAGAUAUCAAAGUCGGUCGCUUCGUGGGCAUUCGGUUCGCCAGUCGCAUCUGCAGGCGGUGCGAGUUUUGCCUCGCCGGCACGGAGCAGUAUUGCACCAAGAGCACGAACCACUUGCAUCACGAAGAUGGCAGCUUCCAAGAAUACAUUGCAUUAGACGCAGGGUAUUUGACGCUGUUGCCGGACGAUAUUGACCCUGUUACCAUUGGGCCGGUGCUCUGCGCGGGAUUAACAACCUACAAGGCUGUGAAGAACGCCAAUGUCAGAGCUGGCCACACAGUGGUGGUUGUGGGAGCCGGCGGUGGUCUCGGCCAUUUAGCAGUCCAAUACGCAUUAGCUCAAGGCGCAAUCGUGAUCGGCGUCGACGGCGGCUCCGAAAAGGGCGACUUCAUCAGGUCACUCGGCGCAACACACUACAUCGACUUUACAACCACCGAUGUCGUCGGCAAAGUUGUCGAGCUUACAAACGGGGUCGGCGCCAACGCUGUCGUUGUCACGGCGGGUAACGUGAAGGCCUUUGUGUUGGCUGCCGACAUGUUGAAAGUCGGAGGAACUUUAAGCUGUGUGGGUAUUCCGCCUGAGAAAGGGUUCUUGGAAACGCCGAUCAGCAGGAUCGUCAUUAAGGGUUUGCAUAUAACGGGGAAUCUGGUUGGAUCCCUCAAAGAAUGCUUGGAAGCAGUGGAUCUGGUGAGAAGGGGUGUCGUGAAACCCAAAGUUGUUGUGCGGCCGUUUGAAGACUUGCCCGCUGUGUAUGAAGAGCUGGAAAGGGGAGAUAUCACGGGCAGGAUUGUGCUCAAGAUUGCAAAGGACGAAUAG